AUGAAGUCGCAGCUCGUUGCAUUAGGCCUGUUGUCCGAGGACGAGGAGAUGUCCGAUGACGAAAAUGCAGCGAGCAGCACGCCCAAGGAGAUUCCCGACAAUGGCGUCGUGGAGACGAACGAGUCGAAGGAGAGGCUUGUCGAGGGUAUGCCCGACGAGAGAGACCUCGAGACGAGCGCCCCGAAGGAUUUGUGCCGGCCGCUCGCCGAGUGCGAGGACAUGGAGAUUGUCUCCAAUGCCAGCGAUGAGGGAGUGGAGAUCCCCUGGUCGCCCGAAGAGGAAUCCGAGGAGCAGGUGUCCGAGACAAAGGUUGCCGAGGCUCCAGGCGAAGAUUCGUCGGCCGUCGGAAGAGAGCUGCUCGGGAGGCCUUCCCCACGCAAG